UAAAAAAAAUACAACUUUCGAAGAUUUGCUCGACCGGUAAAGUAGAGUAUAAAUAGGGUAACCCGAGCGCCUAGGCCUAAAGUAAUCCCCACUGAAAAUGGCUAAAAUGUUUUGGAAUAUUUUCGUAGCAGUUAGCCUCUUGGGCUACUUGGAAGCAAGGAUAACUCUGCCGCCAGAAAUUGAGGCCUUUAUCGAUAAACUACACGCACAUUGUAUAGAAAACAGCGAUCUUACCGAGGAGGAUCAUGCUGCUUACGAAGUUGGACACAAAAAUGAGGCACUUAUGUGCUAUAUGAAAUGCCUGAUGCUCGAAUCAAAAUGGAUGAGCUCGGAUGGAGAAAUCCAGUAUGACAGUAUUAUACAGAACGCGCACCCGUCCUAUGCAGAUCUUUUAACCGCCGCCAUAAACAAAUGUCGAAGUAUCGAGAAUGGAGCCGAUUUAUGUGAAAAAUCUUACAAUUUCAACUACUGCAUGCAUCAGGCUGAUCCAGAAGACGGUUUUUUUAUAUUUCAGAAUUGGUUCCUAGUGUGAGGUACCCGCUUCUUCGAAUAAUUUUUAUAAUUAGUAUGACGAACGAAUUAAUAUAGGCAGAUUCACAACUAGAGAA